GGUUUAAUGGUGAUCAGCCACAGCUGCUCGCCAGGUACCAAGCUGGAAUGGUUCUUGCCCUUGCUCAUCCUGGUAGCGGCGACACAAGUCCAUGGCUACUCUCCUUCUGGGUUUCUGAGCAUCGACUGCGGAUUGACAAACAGCAGCACCUACAAUGACGCCGAUACAAAUUUGACGUACGUUUCCGACAGCGGGUUUGUUGAGAGCGGAAAGAGCUACGAUAUUUUGUCACAGUACAUGAAAGAAGCAUCGAAUGAACAAGAAAAAACUUUGAGAAGCUUUCCUGAUGGCCAGCGGAACUGUUAUACGCUACCAUCCAGGUCUGGUAAGAAGUAUCUCAUCAGAACAACGUUCUCUUACGGAAACUACGAUGGUCUCAACUCGUCAGAGAAUGGUUCUCCGUUUCUCUUUGGACUCCAUAUCGGCGCCAACUUCUGGACGAUGGUGAACUUGACAAACUGGAAUCCAACAGAUACGAUCUAUAAAGAGGUACUCACAAUUGCCCCAGACAAAUUCAUAUCCGUCUGUCUGCUAAACUUUGGAUCAGGAACACCCUUCAUAUCUACAUUGGACAUGAGAAGUAUGGAUGAUGCAAUAUUCCCAUUUCUGAACUCUUCCGUGUCAGCCAGCUUUUUCUCGCGACAAAGAUUUGGGGAAGUUAACGAAUACAUCACAAGAUAUCCAACUGAUAGCCUUGAUCGUUUCUGGGAGGCAGCCCAACGCUACAAAUUCCCCUGGCUCAACCUGACCACCAACCAAAAAGUGUACAGUGUCCCAGGAAAUGACAACUUCCAGGUGCCAUUGGCCAUGCUCCAGAAGGCCUCCACCAUACAAAGCAACUUCUCAUGGCUCAAUAUCACUGUGAGGGCUGGUGCCAACAUGAACGGCGAGAGCCUGCAGCUUCUCCCAAUCUUCCACUUUGCGGAGUUAGAAAAAACUAACACAACACGGACGUUUGAGAUCUACAGUGAUGAUGACCUGGUGAUCGAGGCCUUCUCACUGCCUUACUUGCAGGCUACUAGCAUGUACCGGAGGGACAAGUAUGUGAACAAGUCACGCACAACUUUCACUCUGCGCAAGACAAACAGCUCGGGGAUCCCACCGCUCAUCAGUGCCUAUGAGGUCUACUCGCUUGUUCGAAUCGUCAACCUCACAGCUGACUCCAACGACGUUGAUUAUAUGAACGAAAUCAAGAAGUAUUACAAUUUAGUAAGAAACUGGAAUGGAGAUCCAUGCUCCCCAAUAGAGUAUUCCUGGAAAGGUUUGACUUGUGACUACGCUGAUGGUAAACAAAAUCCAAGGAUCAUCAGAGUUGAUCUGUCUACCAGUGGAUUAAUAGGUGGAUUGCAUUUAUCGUUCAUGAAAAUGGAAUCACUGGAGCACUUGGAUUUAUCAAAUAACAACUUGACGGGUGAGAUUCCAGAAUAUCAACUCAACUCACUCCGAGUGCUUGACUUGAGAAAUAACCAGCUCGAUGGACCAAUCGCAAAUUCUAUUCUUCAAAGGGUUAAGGCCGGUCAGCUUGAAUUAAGACUAGAAGGCAAUCCCAUAUGCUCAAAAGUCAAAGAUAGGUACUGUGGAAAUAAGAACAGUACACCUACCGUGCUCAUUGCCGUGAUAGUUCCUGUGGUAUUCAUCCUACUCCUAGUACUAGUGUGUAUCCUCUGGAGGUUCUGCUGGAAAGGGAAAUCAGGAGUACAAGAAGAUUAUUCUAUAUAUGAAGAGGAAACUCCAUUACAUAUCGACAUCAGACGGUUUACAUACGCACAGCUAAGGCUAAUAACUAACAAUUUCCAAUCAGUCAUUGGAAAGGGAGGUUUUGGCACUGUUUAUCAUGGCAUACUGGAAAAUAACGAUGAAGUAGCUGUUAAAGUGCUUGUGGAGACAUCAAUAGCAGAGUCAAAAGACUUUCUUCCCGAGGUGCAAACCUUGUCAAAAGUGCACCACAAGAAUCUUGUCGCUUUGGUAGGAUAUUGCCAAAAUAAGAAGUGUCUUGCACUUGUUUAUGAUUUCAUGCCUAGAGGAAAUCUUCAACAGCUCUUAAGAGGAGGAUAUGACAGUAGUUUGAAUUGGGAAGAGCGACUUCACAUUGCCCUUGAUGCUGCACAAGGACUCGAGUACCUACAUGAAUCAUGCACCCCAUCAAUAGUUCACAGAGAUGUGAAGACACCAAACAUCCUUUUGGACAAGAAUCUGGUGGCCAAGAUAUCUGAUUUUGGGCUUUCACGGGCAUUUAAUGCUGCUCACACGCAUAUAUCUACCGUUGCUGCUGGCACUCUUGGCUACCUUGACCCUGAGUACCAUGCUACUUUCCAGCUUACUGUCAAGACAGACGUUUACAGUUUCGGAGUUGUCCUAUUGGAGAUUGUCACUGGUCAACCCCCGGUAUUCAUGGACCCUCAAACCAUCCACCUGCCAAACUGGGUGAGGCAAAAGAUUGCUAAGGGAAGCAUUCAUGAUGUGGUGGACAAGAAGUUGUUGGAUCAGUAUGAUGCCUCUCACCUACAGACUGUGAUAGACCUAGCCAUGAAUUGCCUCGAGAACGCAUCAAUUGAUAGGCCAAGCAUGACCGAGGUUGUUUCUGUGCUUAAGGUGUGCUUGCCGGCUUCAACCGAGAGACAAUCGGCGACUUCAACCCCUCGAAAGAAGAACAUCAUGGAUGCGGAGAUUCCAAGGCAGUUCCAGUUGAUGAUUUCUGGAGCUACCACAACAAGCUACGAGGGCAGCUCCUUUCAGUCCGGUUACACCGGUGGGGUGUCAGAAAUAAGCCACAUUUCUGGACGGUAAAAGGAAAUGCUAUUUGUACUAGUAGGAGAUGGUUUGAUCAUUUGCUUGGGCCAUGUCGUUGUUGUUUAACAGUGGAUGUGUGUUUUGGAUUUAAACAUUUUUUGUUGAAGCCAUUUGGGACACUAGACCAAUCUAAAUCUCAAAGCGGCACC